AUGCACACCAACAUCCCCGAGUCCAAACUGGGCGAGCCCAUCGCCGCCGCCGCCGCCGCCGCCGGCCCGGUCGCCGCCAAAUCGACGUCCUCGCUUCCCCCCCUCCAGCCCAAGAAGCUCCUCGCCGACUCGCCCUCGCCGCCGCGCAUCCUCGUCAUCGGCGCCGGCUCGCGCGGUCACGCCUACGCCAGCGCCGUCGCGAAGCAUACCGCCGCAGUCAUCGCCGCCGUCGCCGAGCCGAUCGCGUUCAAGCGGCGCGAGUUCGUCUCCCGCUUCAUCACCACCGCGGAGAAGGAGGAGGAGGAGGGAAAGGAGCAACAGGAGGGGGCCGGCGAGCACGACGAGCAGCAACACGCGUUCGCGGACUGGCGCGACUACGUGGAAUGGGAGAAGGCACGACGGGCGCGGGCGGCCUCGGCCUCGGCCUCGACCUCGUCUGCUGCUGGCCAGGUCCCGCCGGGCGUGGACGCAGCGUUCGUGUGCGUGCUGGAUGAGCAGCACCGCGAGGUGGUCGAGGGCCUGGCGCCGCUGGGGCUGGCGGUCAUGUGCGAGAAGCCGUUGGCGACGACGCUGGCGGAUUGCGUGGCCAUCUACAAGGCGAUGCUGCGAGGCGGCGGCGGCAGCGGAUCAUCAGGUGGUAGCCACGGCAACAUCAACGUGCCCCGCAUCUUCAGCAUCGGGCACGUGCUGAGGUAUUCCCCGCACAACAUGUUAUUGAGGAGGCUGGUGAGAGAGCAGGGCGUGGUUGGGGACGUGCUGAGCGUGGAGCAUACGGAGCCGGUUGGUUGGUGGCAUUUCUCGCACAGCUAUGUGAGGGGAAACUGGAGGCGAGAGUCUACUACUGCUCCCUCGUUGCUCACGAAGUCUUGCCACGACAUUGACUUCUUGCUGUGGAUGCUCAGCGAGCCGGCAAAAGCGGGAGAAAAGGCCCACAAGCCAGCUUUCCUCAGUUCCACCGGCAAACGGAACUUCUACAGAAAGGCGAGGAAGCCAGCGGCUGCUGGCACGGCAACCAACUGCCUUUCAUGCCCGAUGGAGAAGGACUGCAUGUUCAGCGCGAAGAAGAUUUAUGCGGAGCGGCAUUUGAGAAGAGGCAAUGCAGGGUGGCCGGUCAAGAUCGUCAACCCUGAGAUCGAAGACUGUCUCAGCACGCUAGGGCCGGAUGCAGCUGAGAAAAUGCUGAUGAAGGAUCUUUCGGAAGACUGGACAUCCGAGACUCCAGACGAAGAAGUGCGCAGACGACCUUGGUUUGGGAGAUGCGUGUGGGAGGCUGACAACGACGUCUGCGACGACCAAUGCGUGACAAUCAGCUGGGAGGACGAUGCUGCAUCAGGCAGUCUCGCCAAAACUGCCCAGUUUCACAUGGUGGCCUUCACGGAAAAAAUCUGCGAGCGCCGAGGGCGCAUAUACGGCACCAAGGGCGAGAUUGAAUACGACAGCGCCACUAUCAGGGUGCAUGAUUUUGCAAGCGACCGCACGGAGAUAUUCACUCCGGAGCAGCGCGGCGGUGGUCAUGGCGGUGGCGACGAUGGGCUAGCAACGCAGUUUGUGCAAGCGGUUGGGGCGGUUAAGGACGGCAGGAUGGGGGUGGUCGAGGCGCAGAAGAAGUUCAUUGGGUGCACGCUGGAAGAGGUGGUCCAGAGCCACGCUAUGGUGUUUGCGGCCGAGGAGGCACGAAGGCAUCGGGCCGUAGUGGACUGGCCGUCGUGGUGGCAGAAGCAGGUUGAGGAGCGGCUGCAGCACAAAUGA